GUAAAUAUCCCGGUAGAUGUCACUAAUUUGUUUCAUACGUGCGCUGUAGAUCUUUCAGAUCUCAAUUGACGUUCAACGUCGGUGGAUCGCGCGUUCGUGUAGAUCUUUCGUUUCUUUUCGUGACUUGCGCUAACAGGAUGUUCGCUUAAGUGCGGAAAGAAAAUCAAUCAGAAUCAAUUAAUUCUUGGCGUUCUCGCUGGCGAACGACAAAUGAUCGAGUGUAAUUACCCUACUGCGUCAUGUCGGCGUCAAGUGAAUACAUUUGUCAAUUAUCUAUGGAGGAGAAAGCAUACAUGGCGGCUAAUUUGAACGAAACCGACGACGUCAGGCCAAUUAAAAUUGCUGAAUUAAGACAAUGGAUUAUGGAGAAUAAAGAGCUACGUGCUCCCACUGAUGAUUUCUUUAUCCUUCGUUUCCUGAGAGCUUGUAAAUUUAACACAGAGAAAACGAAGUCUAAAUUGUGGAAUUAUUAUAAGCAGAGAGCGAACCUUCCAGAAUGGUACAGCAACAGAGAUUCAUCUCUACCAAUAUUACAAGAGCUCUUUGAUUUAGGGGUGUUUCUGCCUUUGAAGAAAUUAGAUGACGAGGGCAGAAUGGUUGUGAUAAUACGUGCGGCAGUACAUUCUCCCAGUAAACACAAAAUCUCAGACAUGUUGAAGGCAUCGUUAAUGAUUCUGGAUCUGGCGUUACGAGACCACGAGCCCGUAACAAUUCACGGUAUAACGGCUAUCUUGGAUAUAAGUGGGAUUACAUAUGAGCACGUUCUCCAAUUAUCACCGGCUGUUAUUAAAAACCUAGUUCACGCAUGGCAGGGUUGUUAUCCCCUUAGAAUUUACUCGCUCGAUUUUAUUAACGCUCACAGAUUCUUAAAUGUAGUAUUGAACGUUUUCCGAAGCUUCAUGAUUGCGAAGUUGAAAGAAAGGAUACACAUUCAUGCACGUGAUAAAUUGAAGUUAUAUGAAACUCUACCAAUGAACAUAUUUCCAAAGGAGUAUGGUGGUGUAGAUGGAACAGUGAGAGAAUUAAGCGGUACGCUUUUUUUAUUUAAUAGGGCGUUUUAUAUGUAAGUGCAUGAUAAUCAUGUCAUUUUAAUUAUGUUUCAGAGUAUUGGAAGCGGGCGGUUGAGGACAACCGGGAGUGGUUCGUCAAGGAAGAAAAAUACAAAUUGACGUUGAUUAAGUGA